GGCGCUGCGCUCCUCCUGCAUUCACAUGCCAACAGACUUAAAGUCGCACAGAAGAAGUCUUUAAACUGCCGCUGAGGAACCCACGAAUAUUAUUUUCACGCAUUUAUUAUUUUAUUUAGUGAAAUUAAAUCAUGGCGUCAACAAAAGAGCUUUUAGAGAUGGAUCUUUACGCUUUAUUGGGGAUUGAAUCGACCGCAACAGAGAAACAGAUCAAGAAAGCGUACCGACAGAAAGCGCUGUCCUGCCAUCCUGAUAAAAACCCCGAUAAUCCCAAAGCUGCGGAGCUCUUCCACCAGCUGUCUCAGGCUCUGGAGGUUUUGACAGACGCCGCUGCCAAGGCUGCUUACGACAAGAUCCGUGCUGCUAAAAAACAAGCCGAGGAGAGAAACAGAAAGCUAGAUGACAAGAGGAAGAAGAUUAAACUCGAUUUGGAGGCGCGUGAGCAACAGGCAGAUAAUGUGAAAGUAGAAGAGGUUAAAAUCACCCGCACGUUAGAAGAGGAGAUCAUCCGUCUGCGGGAGGAGGGAUCACGAGAACUACAGGAGCAACAGAGACUCAUACGAGAGCAGAUCCAGAGAGAGAGAGACAUAAACACAGGCACAGACUCUUCAGCAGUGCAUCAGGGUAACAGCGACGUGACUCCUAAAUUAAAGCUGAAGUGGAAGUGUAAAAAAGACGACGCCAGCAACGCCGGCUAUUCUCACGAAUGCCUUCAAAGCCUCUUCCAAAAGGUGAGUCUGGAAUGGUUUGUUCUCCAGCUGAUGGCUGUUGAUGAGUUGAAUCUGAUCAGCUGUGCUCUCAAUCAGGACCUGGCGUUUAAAAACGAGACCGGUCUGAGUGGAAACCCUCUGAAAAUCACAUGGCUGGAAGGACAACCGGCCCAAGCAUCACAUAUCGACUCCUUCACCUCACAACAGAGCUGUCUGCGCAGCGAGCGUGAUUACGAGAGCGUGGUGCUGAUGAGACUCAGACAGGCGGAAGAGAGGAAGAGGCUGAUCGAGGAGAUGAAGAGGCAGGAGGAAGAGGACGAGACGGCGUGACUCACACAAACUCACUUCUCUCGCAGCAUUUUACCUGGAUUUUACAACAAUUAAACUCCCACUGAUCAAUAAAGCCUUUUGAUGAAUAUUUUAUAGUGCUUUUCUGACAAGUCCAGUCGUAUUUAUUUCUGUUUUCAGAUCUGUUCAGUUCAGAUCAACUGUCAAUGUUGUAGAGUUCAUCAAUUCUGAAACGAGUUCAGUUUAGCUCUACGAGAGACAAUAGUGUCAUUCUAUGAAAGUAAAGAAAUAUGGGAAUGAAAACUCUUUUGUUUUUAGUGUUUAAUCCUCC